AUGGUCACUCCAGCGCGGACUGGGCUCCUGCGGAACGCGUGGCUCCGCAACCGCUCGCCCCUAUUUUCUCUUUCCUUCUCUCCGUCUUCUUCUGCGUCUUCGAGCCCCGAAGGCGCGCGUCUUCCGCUACGGCCCUUGGCAGGGCUCUCUCGAGCGCGCGACUUGGCGCAGCGAGUAGCAGAGUCGCGCCGGCGCUCCUCCGCGCCGGAGGGAGGAAGCACCGACUGCUGUAGCUGCGAACGUGUCUACGCUGUGGCCUCUGAAGGCACGCAGACAUUGCUCUCGCAAGGCGGCACUGUCUUUACCUCCUCGCAUGCGUGGACGCGCGCAGCGAGAAAGGAAAUGCAGAGAAGCCGUCCCUCCGCGCGGGGCGCGCGGAAGGCGGCGUCUCCACUGGGCGUAAGGAGACGAGCGAGAGAGGACUGCCAGGUCUCCGUCCCCCCCCGGUCGCCUCGCUCGCUGUCCGUCCUUAACACACCGGCUCCGAAUUCGUCUGAGGCUUCGUCUCCUGAGUCUUCCUUGUCUGGUUCGCGUCAUGCGUUUCUCUUCUGGUCUCCGUCGCGCGCUGAGCAGCGCUGCAGGUGUUCGGUGAGCAGUGUUGUUUCGAAGACCCCGUCGCUCUCGACGCCCUCUGUGUGUUGCGCGUCGUCGGAGUCGCUGCGGCCGUCGCUUCACCUCGCUCUCUUUGGUCAGCGGCGGACGUUUGCGAUUUCGCAUUUGAAUCCGUCGAUCAGCAAAGGGAAGGUUCAUUACCGCGUGCCGAAUCCGUUCAUUCCGGUGCUGCUGCGUCAGUCUGUGCCGGGGUUGGGGAAGCGCGGCGAGCUGAAGCAGGUGCGGCGCGGGACUCUACGACACUUCCUCGCGCCUAAAGGCCUCGCAGUUGUGGCGACCUGGCAGAAUAUUGACGAGUUUUACCUCGCGGAGAAGGAGGCGGCAGCUGGCGACGCCCGUGCGCGAGAAAACAAAGGGGCCUCCUCGGUGCAUGAAGCGAGAGGGGGAAAGGGAGAAGGCGCCGCAGGUCGCGCGGGCGGCUGCGGGGUGCGCGAUGGCGCAGCGGAUGAAGAGGAGGGAGAGAUGACAGAGCGCGAGAGACUCGGCGAAGACGAGGCACACGUGCCGAUUGCGGCCUUUCUCAACAAGUAUACGGCGAAGUUUUUCGUCGAUACAGAGGCCGCGGAUCCCACCAAGAUCCGCGGCGCCGGCGUCUCCGUGUACGACAUCCUCAGCAAAGUCAGCGAAGAAGUCGAGCUCGACCUUCUUCCCUCGCAGCUGACCAUCGGCAGACGGCAACAACCGGCGACCGACGCGCAGGUCGGCGGCGGCGAGCUGCGAGGCGCGGGCGCCGACGAGAGAGACGAAGAGGAAGAAAGCAUGAGACAGGACGGAGUCAUCUCACGAUGCGGCGUCUACACCGUUCGCGCCGCGAUUCCCCUAAAGAACCGCAUUGCCCGAAAAACCUUUUGGGUCGAGGUCCUCAGCAAGCAGGAAGCUGAAAGGCUGCUGCAAGAGAGACAGAGACGCGAAGAGGAAGAAGCAAGGCGCUCGGAGUUUGCUCUGGGAGAGGCGUAA